AUCUUCAUUACGUUUUUGCUAGCAUUGAAAUAGUACACUUUCGUUCUUAUAAACGUUGAAUUGGACAGGUGUGGACAGGCUAGAUUUCUGCUCAAUUGGUUCUUAUAAAUUGUAAACACUACUGAACAGAUCCCUGCAAGGAAAAGCUGGGGGCAGCACUAGUAUGGAGAACACGCAAAAAAACCAGGCUCUGAGCACUAUCAUUCCUUCUCUGUUAUCAAGUUAUUAUGCGUAUACCGUGUACUUACCCUCAAACCCCUUAAAGUUAUGCGAUCCUGCAUGCAACGGUCUUGCAGUAAUUUUCACGCAUGAUGUAAUAUGAAAAGUGUUUACAUAGGAUAUCAAAUUAAGGUGCCGAAAAAUGGAAGCUUUAAGCGUAUUAAUUGCUAUAGCUUUGAUUCAUUGUUCACUCUUCUUCUUCGAUACAAUUUUUAAGACAUGCUCGCAUUAUCCGUAUAUUUAUUUUUUGAAAAAUACCGGCUUAGAGGUGAAGGCGUUCAGAAUAAAGUGGUUUACCACGGCAUUCAAUCGUAAAAUAAUUAAAUGGGGAAUGGAUCGUUCGAAAUUUUGGACCGCCUGGUUCAAUGCAGGAGUCGUUGUCAGUGUCAUUCUGCUGCCUUUGGCAACAAUCGCAGUUUUAAGAAUGACAUUCAAUAUAUGGACCAGUGGGCCAUCUUUUGAUAAUGCUAAUUCUGAACCACUGUUGGAACCUAUGAUACCUGGGAUAGACAUGUCCUUUAAUGAAAUUGGAUAUUAUAUCAUUACAUUAGCAGUUUGUAGUAUCAUGCACGAGUUAGGGCAUGCAUUAGCUGCAGCAAGAGAAGAUGUUCAGUUAUUUGGACUGGGAAUAUUAAUUGCUUUUACAAUACCUAUAGCUUAUGUAAACAUGAGUAGUGAACAACUUACUUCGUUGCCAUUAAAGAAUCAAUUGAGAGUCAUUUGUGCAGGAAUUUGGCAUAACAUAGUACUUGCUACAAUAGCUGCAGCUAUCCUAAUAUUUUCCACAUGGUUGUUGGCACCAUUUUACGCAGUUGGAAAUGGAAUUUACGUAAAAACAAUCUUAUCUAAUUCACCUGUAUUAGGUCCGACUGGACUUUUGGAACAGGAUCUGAUAUAUGAAAUAAAUAACUGCCCCGUGAAAAGCACCGAGGAUUGGUAUGAUUGUAUACUAAACGCGAUUAAUCGUCCAGCCCUUGGA